AUGAACAACCAGGCUCAUCUCGAACACCAGCAGUCCAAACUUAGUGCAUUUAUAUUACAGUUGAGGAAGUACUUUGCCCUGAAACAUUCAUUUUCAGACAAAAUGCUCUGCACAGUCGACAAGGAGGGAUAUAUUCGCGUCGAUGGGCGUCUGUUGGCAGCAUUCAAGAUCUUGCUCAAGACAGCCAUUUUCGUUUCGAUCUCCUUUGCGGCAGUUUCAUCACGGUUGUUUUCCGUCAUAAGGUUUGAAUCCAUUAUCCAUGAAUUCGAUCCCUGGUUCAACUAUCGUGCAACGAAAUAUUUGGUGACGCAUUCAUUCUACAAGUUUCUCAAUUGGUUUGAUGACAAAACUUGGUACCCAUUAGGCCGUGUCACAGGAGGCACGCUUUAUCCUGGACUUAUGGUCACAUCUUCCGUGUUGUAUCAUCUCCUCCACAAGUUUGGGCUUCCAAUUGAUGUCAGAAACAUUUGCGUGCUUCUUGCACCAGCAUUUUCCUCAGUUACUGCACUAGCCACGUAUCUUCUCACUUUGGAGAUUUCAGACACUGUCAAAGGUCUUCGCUUCAAGAAAACGGCAGCCUUCUUCAGUGCACUAUUCAUGGCAAUAGUGCCAGGCUACAUUUCACGUUCCGUGGCUGGCUCAUACGAUAACGAGGCAAUUGCCAUCACUUUGUUGAUGUUGACGUUUUAUUUCUGGAUCAAAGCCGUUCGCCAUGGCUCUGUUUUCUAUGCUUCUCUCACAGCCUUGAGUUACUUCUACAUGGUUAGUGCCUGGGGUGGAUACGUGUUCAUCACCAACAUGAUUCCAUUGCACGUUUUCAUUUUGGUCCUCAUGGGUCGCUUUUCCUACAAGUUGUACACUUCUUACUGCACAUGGUACGUUCUGGGAACAGUUAUGUCGAUGCAGAUCCCAUUUGUCGGUUUCCUCCCUAUAAGAUCAAACGACCAUAUGGCUUCACUUGGAAUAUUCGGCCUCUUGCAGCUAGUCUUGGUUGCAAACUACCUCAAGCGUGUGUUAACCGCUGAGAAAUUCCACCGUCUUAUGAUUGCUUCCGGAUUCCUCGUCUUCACGUUGGGAAUAGCCGCCAUAGUCGUGGCCACCAAAGUUGGCCUCAUUGCUCCCUGGACAGGAAGAUUCUACUCUCUUUGGGAUACGUCCUAUGCCAAAAUCCACAUUCCAAUCAUUGCCUCUGUCUCUGAGCAUCAGCCUACACCUUGGGCCUCGUUCUUUUUCGAUAUGAACUUCCUGGUGUGGCUUUUCCCGGUUGGAGUCUUCCUCUGCUUCCAGGACUUGUCAAACGAGUCCGUCUUUAUCAUCAUCUACUCAGUUUUGGCAUCAUAUUUUGCCGGUGUCAUGAUCAGAUUGAUGCUUACUCUUUCUCCGGUCGUUUGCAUCUGCGCCGGACUUUGCUUGGGCAGAAUUUGUGGAAUUUACAUGGACUUCAGGGAUGAGAUUUCCGCCAAGGCCCAGAAAUCCGCCUCGCGUGUCUUUUCUCUUGUUUCCAAGUUGCUCGUUAGUGCUUCCGUGAUCUUCUACUUGUACUACUAUGUGCAGCACUGCACAUGGGUCACUUCAAAUGCUUACUCGUCCCCAUCUGUCGUUUUGGCAUCCAAACUUCCAGAUGGUAGCAAUACUAUCAUUGAUGAUUUCAGAGAAGCUUACUACUGGCUACGUAUGAACACUGCCGAGGAUUCCAAGGUGAUGGCCUGGUGGGAUUAUGGAUACCAAAUCGGUGGAAUGGCCAACAGAACGACUUUUGUUGACAACAACACUUGGAACAACACUCACAUUGCCACUGUUGGUAAAGCAAUGUCUGUUGGUGAGAGGGAGUCCGAAGUGAUAAUGAGAAGAUUGGGUGUGGACUACGUUUUAAUCAUUUUCGGAGGUUUGAUCGGGUAUUCCGGUGAUGACCUCAACAAAUUCCUAUGGAUGAUUCGUAUUGCCCAUGGAAUAUGGCCAGAUGAGGUAGACGAGACCAAGUUUUUCACUGGAGAUGGAAACUACAGGGUUGAUGAUCUUGCCUCACAAACGAUGAAGGACUCCCUCAUGUACAAGAUGAGCUACUACAGGCUGUCCGAGGCAUUUGGAGGAUCAGAUCCUGUCGAUAGGGUCAGAAGACAGAGAUUGAGCCGGCCAUAUGCGGAAAGCAUACACUUGGAUGUUUUAGAUGAGGUGUUCACCAGUGAAAACUGGAUUGUCCGUAUUUAUAAGCUCAAGGACCCUGACAAUUUUGGAAGAGACUUGGUGUCGAUUGGUGAGGAGAAUCUAGCAGGAAAAAGCAGAAGAGCAUUAAGAAAAUUGACGCGGACAAAGCCUGAUACCCAGUUGAACUUAUUGUAA